AUGGCAGAAUCGGAUUCUGCAGACUUUGACCUGGUGUGGUAUCUAAACGAUCUCAGUGACAAGGAAUUCCAGAGUUUUAAGAAUUGGUUUGAACAAGAGACUGUGCAGUUUGGACUGCCACAGUGCCCACGGAUUAACCUCAGGAUGACCAGACAGGAUGUGGCCAACGUGUUGACCACGUCUUAUGAGGCACAGCACACCUGGAAUGUGAUGGUCAGCAUAUUCCAAAAGAUCCGCCGUGAGGAUCUCUGUGAAAAGAUCAAUGAUAGGCGAAACCGUAGUGAAAAGAUGCACAAAGUGCUCAUGAAGGAAAAAUUCAUGCUCCAGUGGGAAAAAUCCCCCUUGGAAGAAUUCCAUCAUCAAUUCUUCUGUGAAGUUGCCAUGGACGUCUUCUAUGUUCUUCAACUGGCAAUUGAUCCUCAUGACUCUUACCCCAAAGAGAAUCUUAAUAUACUCCUGACGGGACACGCAGCAGCUGGGAAAUCCAUGAUUGUCAAAAUGGCGGUGUUUCAGUGGGCCAGUGACAGUGGAAACAUGUGGAAGGGCAGGAUCUCCUACGUGGUUCACCUCACGGCUCACGAAAUGAACCAGAUGACCCACAGUAGCUUGGUAGAGCUGAUCUCCAAGAACUGGUCCGAGGGUCCGGCCCCGAUUGCAGACAUCCUGUCUGACUCCCGGAGGCUCCUGUUUAUCCUUGAGGACUUGGACAACAUGAGUUUCACCGUGAGCACGGAAAAAUCUUUUCUGUGCAGUGACAGCAGAGAGCAGGUCCCGGUACCGGUUCUCCUGGCCAGUUUGCUGCAGAGAAAAAUGGCUCCAGGCUCCUGGUUCCUCCUCACAUCAAGGCCCAUUGGCGAGGAGGCCCUCAAAGCAUUCAUGAAGCCGACAGAUUGCAAUGUGUUCCUGCAGCUCUCAGAUGAAAUGAGGCGAAUAUAUUUCAACUUAUUUUUCAAGGACAGCCAGAGGGCUGCAGCAGCCUUCAAGUUUGUCAACGAGAAUGAGGUGCUUGUGGGUCUUUGCAGAGUCCCCAUUCUAUGUUGGAUCACGUGUUCGGUGCUGAACCAACAGAUGGACAUGGGGGACAACAUCCCCCUCUCCUACCAAAUGCCCACAGAUAUCUAUGCCCAUUUCCUUGCCCGUGCAUUGACGUCUGGGGCUGGAGUUCCCAGUGGUCAGUCCCCCCUUGUUCUCCUAAAGCGCCUGGGUGUGCUGGCAGUGGAAGGACUGUUUCAAAACACUCUGAAUUUCAGUGUCGGAGACCUCAGCACUGUUGGGCUUACCGAGGCUGACGUCGGCAUGUUGCAGGCCCUGAAUAUUCUUUUGCCCAGCAACAGUUGUGAAAACCAUUACCAGUUCGCCCAUGUGAACAUCCAGGAGUUUUGUGGGGCCAUAGGCUACCUGAUGACAGUUGCUGAUUGCCCCCUCCCCUCGGGUAAUAAAGUGAACAAAGACAGUAGGGAUCAGUACAAUGACUUUGAACCCAUCAUCAAUUUCAUUUUUGGCCUCCUUAAUGAGAGGAGAAGAAAGGUCCUGGAGACGUCCUUGGGCUGUCAACUCCCCAUGGCAAUUUGCUUCAAGGAGUACUUGCUGGCACAAAUGCAGCAAUUGGGUGAUGAACUAAAAGCCAUGGAGCACCACACGCCUUUGUUUUACUGUCUGUUUGAGAAUCAGGAGGAAGAAUUUGUGAGCCAGAUGAUGGGCUUUUUCUCGGAGGCUACCAUUUAUAUCCAAGCCAACAGAGACCUGAUGGUGUCGUUAUACUGCCUGAAGCACUGCUGUUCUCUCCGGAAACUUAAGCUGAGUGUUCACAUCUUUGGAGACAAGGAGUUUGCUGGGAAACUAACUCCUAGUCAAAUGAAGAGCCUGCUCUACUGGAGAGACACCUGCUCUCUGCUUCACACGAUGGAGACACUCCGGGAGCUAGAAAUCUGCAACAGCAACCUUGACGACACUUCAGAGAGAGUUUUGUCUAAGGCCCUGAGACACCCCGACUGUAAACUUGAAAUGCUCUCGUUGUCAUACCUCUCAGCGGGGUCAGAUUUUGAUGACGUGUUUAAGGCCGUGGUUCAUAACCAGAAUCUGCACUGUCUGAGCCUGAACUGUAUGACCAUCUCCCUAAGGAUGUUUUCCCUUCUGCAUGAGGUCUUGAGCCACCCAUUGUGCAGCAUACGUCAUCUGAGCUUGAUGAAAUGCGGUCUGCAGCCUAUUGUGUGUGGAGAGAUUGCCUCAUUCCUUGUCAACAGCCAGAAUCUGAGAAAACUGACCUUAUCCAACAACCCCCUGAGUCACGAUGGGGUAAAAAUACUGUGUAAUGCUUUGCUGCAGCCAGAGUGCGCUCUCAACUCGCUGGUGUUGCUCUUCUGCUGUCUCACCGCAGAUUGUUGCUACCCCAUCGGAAGAGUCCUCUUGUUCAGCAAGACUCUGGUCCAUCUGGACCUGAGUGUGAAUUGCUUACGAGAUCGUGGCAUGCUGGCUUUGAGUUUGCCCUUGUUCCUUCCAACCUGUCCAUUACGUGAGCUGGAGUUGUGUGGUUGUUUCUUUACGGGUGAAAUCUGUCAGUAUAUUGCCUCGAUUAUUAUUAGUAAUGAAAACCUGAAGAGCCUGGAGCUUGGGAGCAAUAACAUAGGCGAUGCAGGAGUGGAGCAGCUGUGCCACGCUUUGAGACACCCAAACUGCAAGUUGGAGAAUAUUGGGCUGGAAGAGAACAUGUUAACGGGUGCAUGCUGUGAGUCACUGGCCUAUGUUCUUAUCAGCAACAAAACACUGAAAAGACUCAAUCUGCUUAACAAUAAAUUGGGUGAUGAAGGAAUUGCAAAGCUCCUAGAGAGCUUGGGACACCCAGAUUGCAUGCUUGAAGAAAUUGGGCUUCCUGAAAGUAAUGUGAGUGCAGAAACCCAAAGGUUGCUGAAGGCUGUACGAGAAAAAAACACCAAUCUGCUUUUUGUAUCUCAGUCUUGGGCUGGAAAGGAAGGCAGAGAAAUUGGUGAUAGGCCAGGUUCAAUGAAGCCUAAUUUGCAUUGGUAUUCAAUAUUUUUCAAAUUUCCCACAAGAGUUAUGACUGUAUAA